UGAUGUUUGGUGUCUGCUGUCAGUUUUCACUUGGACGUAAACAAGUUGUAAAAGUUCUGUUAGAGGAUGUCUUUAAGCGGAAAAGAAAAGAAGCGAGGGCCAAACUGGACGAUAGAAGAAAGAAAUACGCUUAUAGAGCUAUGCCGGGCCAGUACAAACACACUCAAAAUGAACUGGGGAGAAGUGGCUGACAGGGUGAACAGUAUCGGGGGAAACUCCAGAGUCGCCCCUGAGGUUAAAAAGAAGUGGACUGAUAUGAAGAGCAAUGUAAAGAGGAAGGCGCAGCAAGAACGGACAGAAAGCAGGCAGACAGGAAAUGGGUUGAAGACUAUAAAUCUGGAUUCUUGGGAGGAAAUGGUAUUGACAACCAUUCCAAAGGUGUCAGUUGAUGGCAUUCCUGGAGGCGUGCAGUGCGGGGUUUCUUCAAUCCAGGAAUCGAAUACAGAAGAAGAAGAAGAAGAAGAAGAAGAAGAAGAAGAAGAAGAAGAAAAAGACAUGAUCCAGGGAGCAGCAGCUAAUGUGAAAGACCGCUCAUCAUCAGUAAAGUUUUCUUCUUGUAAUGCAACAGGGGGUUCCACAUCAAAUCUUCAACUGCGAAUGGUGAUGGCCCAGGAGCAACAAAACAGUAUUCUGUCAUCAAUAGAUUCUACAUUGAAGAAAAUGUUAGAAUACCAAAAAGAAAAAUCCGUUGACCUUCUACAUUUUGAAUAUUAAUUUAAGAAAACAUUC